AUGUUUAUGAACAACAUGGAGGAUUCACAGCCUUCUACGCUGAUAGCACUCCCGAAGUUGCAUUACAAAUUUGGGAAAGAGCCUAGGAAGAAAAGGCCAUUGACCAACACUCGAAAACAUCAUUCAUUGAGCAAGUCGAAGAAAUACUGGGGGAAGAUCAGGAAUUCUUUUUUGGGGCCUCUUCUGAAAUUGAGCUCAAAGAAGAUGCUAAUGUCAGGAAAAAUGAUCCAUGUUUUCUUGACAAGGAGUUUAAUAACGAAGAAGAACAAUGAGCCUUGGUUCCACUUUGGAUCGCAUCCUUUGAGAUUUUCAAUAAGAGAGUUUCAUAUGGUCACUGGAUUAAAGUGUUCCAUUUGGACUCCUCAAGCUGCUCCAGAAGCAAGUGUUUAUGAUUGGGAUGAUUUGAAGGCUGAGUCUCACUCAACUGAAGACCUGAUCGAUAAGAUGCUCAGGGCUGAAAAAGAUGCUUAUGAUGAGAAGUUUUCCUUAGGGAUGUUGGUGCUGAUAGAGUCUCUGCUUUUUGGGAGAUACAAGGAGUACAAGUUUCCGAGAAGUUUCAUAGAGAGAGCGCAAGACAUGAGCACUCUGAUGAACUAUCAUUGGGGGAGGGAAGCGUAUGAGUUGCUCUUGACAUCAAUCAAGUCAAGGGUGCCUUCGCAUUUGGAUAAAGCGAAGUAUGUUCUUCAUGGUUACCCUUUUGCCUUCCACUUGUGGUUGCUAGAGUCGGUCCCUAUGCUACAGACUGCCUUCUCAACAGUCAGCAACAAUAUUUCGUCCUCUGCAUUCUUAUGUGAGAAGUACCUUUACACAAUAUCUCCUUCAAUAAACCAAGUUCUCACCAUAGAAGGAUCACCUGAUAUGAAGGUGAUCUUCAAAUUGCCUGCUAUAUCAGGUGAUACUGAGAACACAGUCUGCAUAGAAGACGAAGAUGAUCCUGACCUUGAAAAACUUGCUGAAAUUCUUACAAGAGGCUACUCCCUGAGCUUAGAAGAUUGGAUAAAUAAAAAACUUGAUCUAGUUGAUGCCCUAGAGACCAUUGGAUUAAACUAUGUCAUAGUUCAUAAUGCGGAGACUUUCGAAGCUUUAAGUUCGGCUUUUAAUACGAGGGCAGAGAUACCUUCUUCUUCGCAUUCAACGAUUAUGGCAAAGCUGGACAAUAUUAUUCUAAUGGUUAAAGAAAAAGAGAAGCUGGGAAUAGAUUGGGAAUAUGAAGUUACUAAAUCCGAAGGUGGUUACCAGAGAACACCUGUGCACAAGGGGAGUUCAGCAACGGUUGUAGCUGACGAUGUAGAAUCAACUGAAGAGGAUGACUCAACUGAAGACGAAAACAUGGAUGAUACACAAGUUGAAGAUAGUCAACCAACAGAGGAGAUUCCCCAAGGUGCCACACAUGAACUUGAAUCUCAUGCAUCUGAGGGUGAUCAAAAACAAGCGCUAACACAAGCCGAAAAUAGUCAAACAACAAUAUCUGAAGGGACACCAACACAAGAGAUCUCCACAACACAAGAAAUACCUGAAGCUGAGGGAGACCCAUGA